AUGAUUUUCGGAGGCGGCCUCAGCCUCGUCUAUACUGCGAUGCUCGCAGCACUCGCCUACGCAUCUCCGGCCAUGGACAGUGCUGACUUGCAAACUCGACAAGCAGUCGAUAACAUUGUCUACGUGACAAAUGCUCAGGCGUUCUGCAUGAUUGUUCCACGAAACCCACACACAAAUAUUGGCGACAGUGAAGUUCCCGGAGGAAUGAAAACAUACUGCUCCCCAGCAGGCCGUUACUCCCCCGAUCAAGGCCAACUUCCUCCAGAUUUCUGGAGCAACGUAGAAUUCAAGACGGGAACUAGCUCAAGAGGAGCACGAUUUGCUCAACUGACUGGCUGCAUACGCCCUGAGAAGCUCAGUCGACUCAAUCCCAACGAUCCUGGAGGCCAAUACGACUCGAGCGGUGGUGCCGGUGGGCUCGGAAACCCACAAGGCAGCAAAUGCUUAGGGCAAGUGUAUAAUCACUAUGUCGAACUCAUCGAGCCAGCUGACCGCCGCGCAUGUAUCAAAUGCUGCGAUAACUUUGAUGAUUGCCCGCUACACCUGGAUACUGCUGGCUGCCCACGUGUAAUUCCUGGAAACUACUUUGACUGCAAUUAA